AUGUCGACGAACACGAAAGUUCCAGUUCCGGACUGUAAGAAGCCGUUCGACAUUGUCGCAACCUACAAUGAACUCUUACGCUCCGAUGCCGAUUUAACAAUGCCCAUUGCGGCCAUUGAGGCACUGGUGCUUCUUCUCACACACGAACCUUCCUCAACAAUUUCCGAAACUCUUGACCUACUCGAGAAAUCCACCGCACACUUGAAAAAAAUUAUUCCCAACCCCAUCGGUCUGUCUGCUGGAACUGAUCUCUUCCAACGAUACCUGAUCACCACAUUACAACGACCUGGACAGCUGGGCCCUGCUGGAGACUUCAACGCCAUCCGAACACACCUUCUAUCUAACGGGCGAUUGUUCAUUCGGCGCGCGAAAGAGAGCCGAGAGAAGAUUGUGGCGUUUGGCCGAGGGUUUAUCCGUGAUGGAUGCACAGUGCUCACAAAUGGUGGAUCCCGCGCCGUCGCCUCGCUGCUGCAAAAGGCAGCCGAUGACGAGGGUGGUCCGUCUGCAGUGCGCUUCCGUGUCAUUUAUGUCCUGUCCUCAUUCAGCAAAAACAGCGAGGAUUCUGCUGGUGAGCCCGAGGGAAUGGAGACAGUACGCGUCUUGAGAGCAAAGGGUGUGCCUGUCUCAACGAUCCCGGAAUCAGCCGUCGCGUACGCUCUUGGCAAAACGGAUAUGGUGAUCGUGGGUGCAGAGGGUGUCGUGGAGAAUGGCGGCAUCGUGUCCCGUAUGGGCACCUACCAGAUCGGUCUUCUCGCCAAGGCCAUUGGAAAGCCAUUCUACACCGUGGCUGAGAGUCAUAAGUUUGUUCGACUAUAUCCUCUUGGACAGUACGACCUUCCGAUCAAUCAACACGUUCUUGAUUUCAAGUCCGACGAAGAUAUUGCCGAGCAGCGCAAGCAGCCCGCCAAUUCAGAUUUCCCAAUUGAACUUCCACUCUGUGAUUCUGUGGACUUCACACCUCCACACUUGAUUUCUGCUCUUAUUACGGAUAGCGGUGUUUUGACGCCCAGUGCUGUUAGCGAGGAAUUGAUCAAGAUCUGGUUCUAA